CCACCAGCACCUGACCACUGGAUCAAACUUGAGCCCCCUCGGGGAUUCAGCUACCAGGCCACAUUGGCAUCCAGGGAGCUGCACUCAGCGUCAACAUGUCCCGGCCCAGCAGCAGAGCCAUUUACUUGCACCGGAAAGAAUAUUCCCAGAGGCUGACCUCAGAGCCCACCCUUCUGCAGCACAGGGUGGAGCACCUGAUGACAUGUAAGCUGGGGACACAGAGAAUCCAAGAGCCAAAGGACGUCCUGCAGAAGCUGCAGGAGUUGGAUGCACAAGGCCGGGUGUGGAGCCAAGACCUGAUCCUGCAGGUCAGAGAUGGCUGGCUCCAGCUGCUGGACAUUGAGACCAAGGAGGAGCUGGACUCUUACCGCCUGGAUAACAUUAAGGCCAUGGAUGUGGCUCUCAACACCUGUUCCUACAACUCUGUCUUGUCCAUCACUGUGCAGGAGUCUGGCCUGCCCGGCACCAGCACUCUGCUCUUCCAGUGCCAGGAGGUGGGGGCACAGGGAAUGAGGACCAGCCUGCAGAAGGCCCUGGAGGAGGAGUUGGAGCAAAGGAGACCUCGAUUUGGGAGCCUUUACUCAGGCCAGGAAAAAUGGAAGGGACCCUCUCUGGAAAGGUCACUGCCUAUGGAGCAGACACCCCCUUCAGAGCGGGGAUCCCCUCCAGAACAGCCCCACCGAAUGACUCCGGAGCACAGCUUCCCACCAUCCCCGAAGCCUCUGCCACACUACCCUAGUGCCCAAGAACCAAGUGCCUUCGCUCUGUCUCCUCCAAGGCGGUCACCAUCCCCUGAGCACCCCGGAAGGGAUGAGGAGGUGCUGAACCAUGUUCUAAAGGACAUCGAGCUGUUCACAGGAAGGCUGCAGGAGGUUCAGGGAAAGGCCAGCCAUAAGAAGAAGAAGAAACUUGGAAAAAAGAAGAACAAGACUCAAGGGGGGAUAACACGGGAACAGUACAUUGACUGCUUUCAGAAGAUCAAGUACAGCCUUAACCUCCUGGGGAAGCUGGCCCUCAGGCUUCAGGAGACAAGUGCCCCUGAGUUCGUGCAUAUUCUCUUCCAAACACUGAACUUUAUCCUAACCCAGUGCCCUGAAGAUGGUCUUGUGGCUCAAGUGAUCUCACCUCUCCUCACCCCCAAAGCUGUCGACCUGCUGCAGUCCUGUCUAAGCCCAUUUGAGAGUAACCUCUGGAAGGGGCUGGGCAGAGCCUGGACCACCAGCCUGGUUGACUGGACAGGCAAUGAGCCCCCACCCUACCAACCCACAUUCUCUGAUGGCUGGCAGCCUACAGACCCCUUUUCCCAGGCACCCAUAGGAUAUGAGGACUCUACUUCCCUGCGACCUUCUAGAUUAAAUAGCACCCCGCACUUUUCUGAGGACGAAAUAUAUAGCCAUGGCCUUCGGCCUGAGGACCCCAACCACCAGCCCUCCAGCCCCAAACCAGUCAAGCCAACUCUGAAAAUGCAAGUCCUAUAUGAGUUUGAAGCAAGGAACCCACAGGAACUGACUGUGGUCCAGGGAGAGGUGCUGGAGGUUCUGGACCAGAGCAAGCGGUGGUGGCUGGUGAAGAAUGAGGCGGGACAGAGUGGCUACAUUCCCAGCAACAUCCUGGAGCCCCUGCAGUUGGGGGCCCCUGGGAGCCAGGGCCAGUCAUUCCAUCGGGCGCCAAUGCUUCGACUUAGCUCAAGGCCUGAGGAGGUCACAGCCUGGCUGCAGGCAGAGAACUUCUCCACUGUCACCGUGAAGACCCUUGGGUCCAUGAUGGGAAGCCAACUCCUUCGCAUGAGACCUGGGGAGCUGCAGAUGCUGUGUCCCCAGGAGGCCCCACGGAUUAUGGCCCGGCUGGAGGCUGUCAGAAGGACACUAGGGAUAAGCCCUUAGACACUUGCUCAGAGACCUACAAGACCAAGGAACUCGCCUUUCAAGAAGGAGUAUUUGACACACUUUAGAAUCCUGAGAACUCCUUUUCCAGCUCCCCAUUUCUCAGCAAACCACACAGCCCAGCUCACUCAGCAAGAGGAUGAACAGGUCCAGGUGCUGUAGCCAAUGGUACCUUCCCUGCUAUGUUGGGAGCACGUCCCAAUCACUACCUAUUUAUUUUCCCUCUUUCCUAAGCCUAUGUCUGGGCUAGUCCCUCUCCUUCCCAAUAAAAGUAUCUUCA